AUGCAGCGUGUCGAUGGCGCUCACUGCCACCCUGUCUAUAAUAUCCAAUAUUAUCCCUAUUCAGAAUCUUCCUCGAUGCAGCGUGUCGAUGGCGCUCACUGCCAUCCUGUCUAUAAUAUCCAAUAUUAUCCCUAUUCAGAAUCUUCCUCGAUGCAGCGUGUCGAUGGCGCUCACUGCCAUCCUGUCUAUAAUAUCCAAUAUUAUCCCUAUUCAGAACCUUCCUCGAUGCAAGUCCCCGCGCCAUUCCCGCAUACUCCGCUGCGCCCUCUGGUUCGUAUUUGCGACGUGCAGCGCACCAGUUCCACCUGGAUGCGUCGUACCCGCCAGCAUGCACCCUUUGCUGGUAACAGUAUAUCCUAUAGCGCUCGGGAAGAUGACGGUUUCCCCGAUAGAGAGGAUCCCGGCGAUCUCGCCCUCCCGGACGACAGCUGGUCGGCGACGGGCGACGACACCGAGUCCAGUGCAGCGACGACUCGGCGCCAGCGGGUAACGCGGCGGCGAGGUCGGGCUUCGUCUCCGAGCACCGACACCAGUGAGCCUGCGCGUCAACGACAGCGACGCUCGCGCACCUCUCACAUCAGUGUCGGUGACGAGUCCGGACAACGACCGACUAUCCGGACGCGCUCGGCAUCGUCGCUAGAAGCAGGCGGCGUGCCCCGAGCCACUUCAUCUGAUCAGGAUACGUUUCGGAAUACCGUGGCUAUUCUCAUUGAGCAGGUACGGCAGCAUGAUCGUUAUGGGUUCUUCUGUGCCCCGGUUGAUCCGGAGGAGGCGCCUGACUAUCACGAAGUGAUCCCAGAGCCGAUGGAUCUCGGUACCAUGCAGAGGAAGCUCGAGACAGGCAAAUAUCGGCGCCUCGACGAAGUUGAGCGUGACCUAGAUCUUAUCUGGCGCAACUGUUUCACAUAUAAUCCAACAAAUAGCAUUUACUACCGCGAGGCGGCACGAAUGCAAAAGUGGGCGCUGAAACGGGUCCAGUGGGCGCGUCAGCGACUCUGCGGCAUUACGGGAGCGCCCAGUCCCGCCGAAGGACAAAGCUUCAGUACGUCAACGCAUUCUCGUGAUGAAAAGGUACAGCACACCCAUUCGAGGAUGGUGAAAGGCGUAUCGCGUGGGUCCGCGGUGGCUCUGGACUCGGCACCGCGGAUGACGGUACGACUCCAGACAGAACGUCAUCGGGACCCGGCUGCAGUGCCCGGCACGAGCUCGGAGCUGCCUACCGCAACCGAAACUGAAGGCAAACCGAAACCCGUUGCCGAAAUGGAUGUUGUUCUGGAUGAGGCGCUGGACCCAGAGGCAUCGUAUGCGGUGGCAGCGCAGGACCCUGGCGCCUUUAUCGAGCGCGUAUGGCGAGCGUUCGUGACUCGCCAAGAGCGCUUGCGUAUCGAGAAGGAGCACGAACGACUGUAUCACUAUCCGCGUCACAGUUCGGAGGGCGAGCGUGCUGCUGCUGACCUAGCCAGGACGAUGCUUUCGCAAUGGCUCGGGAAAACGAUCAAACGGGCUCCGAACGAUGCGGAGAAAUAUUUGCUGGAAAUUCUUUCCGCUGCAGAGCUACCCGCCGAAACUCUCCAGCGAAUGGCAACAGCAUUCACGAGUCAGCAGCAGAACGGAGCAACUGCAGCAGCAUCUGUUGAGGAAAACCCGUCUUUGAAGUCGAGGCCUACAGUCGGACGUGGUACACAUGCAGCCGCUUCGCAUGACGAUGCCCAGACCCGAGGAGCGAGUGCUUCAGCAACGGACGACUCGCCCGAGACAUCAAAGGACGCGUUCAUCGCCUCGCGUUGGUAUGCCUUGCGACGCUCUCUUGCAGCGCUCCGGUUGGCCCAGAUACAGAACGCACCCCUUUCCGAGCAACUCCGCCGCUAUGAUACGGUGCUCGCGCUCCUAGCACGCCAGUUGGAGACCAUCCCGCCACGAUUGCUCUUAGCCGAGGGUGGAGUCGAGAGCAUCCGCGCAUUUGCGCAGCGCCUUGUCCAAUAUGAAGAUUCUCGUGCCGAAGACGCAACGCCAAAUGCUGAGAGUUCUGGACAAACACCGAUGGCGAGUGAUCCAGAUGCGACGCAGCCGCAAAAGGGUGCUACAGAUGGCCAUAGCGUCGGUCAUCACCCGGCAGCGACACCAGGAGCCGCUCAUGCAAACGAUGGGGGCGCUCAGACGGAUCGCCCGCAUGACAUCAAAGUCGACGGCGUUUUUUCUGCGGGGAACGCAACUAUGCUCAGACCGCAGGUUUAG